AGCCGUCCCUGUCAUCCUCCCCCUUCCUCGUCCACACUCCAUCCAAAGAAGAGGGAAAGCACCGAACAGAGGCGGGAGGAAGGCAAAGUCUGCUCUUCUCACCUCUUGGCCCCCUGGCUCCUCCAUCCUCAUUCUCUCAGCACCAACUCCCCUACCCCAAAGGAAUCCCUCAGGAGCUGAGGCGACUCACCCCACUGCCAUGUCCAAAAGCUUGAAAAAGAAAAGCCACUGGACUAGCAAAGUCCAUGAGAGUGUCAUUGGCAGGAACCCGGAGGGCCAGCUGGGCUUCGAACUGAAGGGGGGCGCCGAGAAUGGACAGUUCCCCUACCUGGGGGAGGUGAAGCCCGGCAAGGUGGCCUAUGAGAGCGGCAGCAAGUUGGUGUCUGAGGAACUGCUGCUGGAAGUAAACGAGACCCCCGUGGCGGGGCUCACCAUCAGGGACGUGCUUGCCGUGAUCAAACACUGCAAGGAUCCCCUCCGGCUCAAGUGUGUCAAGCAAGGAGGAAUUGUUGAUAAGGAUCUUCGUCACUACCUCAACUUACGAUUUCAGAAGGGUUCUGUGGACCACGAACUUCAGCAAAUCAUUCGUGACAACCUCUACCUCCGCACGGUGCCAUGCACCACAAGGCCACAUAAGGAGGGUGAGGUUCCUGGAGUGGACUAUAUUUUCAUCACUGUUGAAGAUUUUAUGGAAUUGGAGAAAAGUGGUGCUCUCCUAGAAAGUGGGACUUAUGAAGACAAUUACUACGGUACCCCAAAGCCUCCAGCAGAACCAGCACCAUUGUUACUAAAUGUAACAGAUCAGAUACUUCCUGGAGCCACUCCAAGCACUGAAGGAAAACGAAAAAGGAAUAAAUCAGUGAGCAACAUGGAGAAAGCAAGCAUAGAGCCUCCGGAGGAGGAAGAGGAAGAGAGGCCUGUGGUCAAUGGAAAUGGAGUAGUAGUAACACCAGAAUCCAGUGAACAUGAAGACAAGAGUGCAGGUGCCUCAGGGGAGACACCCUCCCAGCCUUACCCUGCACCAGUGUAUAGUCAGCCCGAGGAAGUGAAGGAAGAGAUGGAUGAUGCCAAGCCAACUAAACCUGAAGAACAUGAGGAAUCAGACGCAUUGCCUGAUAACUGGGAAAUGGCCUAUACGGAGAAGGGUGAAGUCUACUUCAUUGACCAUAACACAAAGACAACAUCAUGGCUGGAUCCACGACUUGCGAAAAAGGCUAAACCUCCAGAAGAAUGCAAAGAAAAUGAGCUUCCAUAUGGCUGGGAAAAAAUCGAUGAUCCCAUAUAUGGCACUUAUUAUGUUGACCACAUAAAUAGAAGAACACAGUUUGAAAACCCUGUCCUGGAAGCAAAAAGGAAGCUACAGCAGCAUAACAUGCCCCACACAGAACUUGGAACAAAGCCCCUGCAGGCCCCAGGCUUCCGAGUAGACAGCUCCUCAUCGACAGUACCUAGGCCCAAACCCACCUGCCCCCGCGCUGCCCGGGAGCGGUCACGCAGCGUGAGUGACCUGUCUUACUAUGGGCGCCACCUGGCCUGGAGGCCCGGGUGCAUCGAAAAACCACUCUUUACCCGGGAUGCAUCCCAGCUGAAGGGAACAUUUCUCAGCACCACACUGAAAAAGAGCAACAUGGGGUUUGGAUUUACCAUCAUUGGUGGAGAUGAGCCUGAUGAGUUUCUGCAGGUGAAAAGCGUGAUUCCCGAUGGGCCUGCAGCACAGGACGGAAAAAUGGAAACGGGUGAUGUCAUUGUCUAUAUUAAUGAAGUUUGUGUCCUUGGACACACUCAUGCAGAUGUAGUCAAACUUUUCCAGUCUGUUCCUAUUGGUCAGAGUGUCAACUUAGUGUUGUGUCGUGGCUACCCUUUGCCCUUUGAUCCUGAAGAUCCUGCUAACAGCAUGGUGCCACCCCUUGCAAUAAUGGAGAGGCCACCUCCAGUGAUGGUCAAUGGAAGACAUAACUAUGAAACAUAUUUGGAAUACAUUUCUCGGACCUCACAGUCGGUUCCAGAUAUAACAGAUCGGCCGCCUCAUACUUUGCACUCAAUGCCAGCUGAUGGUCAGCUAGAUAGCACGUAUCCACCACCUGUCCAUGACGACAAUGUAUCUAUGGCUUCAUCUGGGGCCACCCAAGCUGAACUUAUGACCUUAACCAUUGUGAAAGGUGCCCAGGGCUUUGGCUUCACCAUUGCAGACAGUCCUACAGGACAGCGGGUGAAACAAAUACUUGACAUUCAGGGAUGCCCUGGCCUGUGUGAAGGCGACCUCAUUGUUGAGAUCAACCAGCAGAAUGUACAGAACCUGAGCCAUACGGAAGUAGUGGAUAUACUUAAGGACUGUCCCAUUGGAAGCGAGACUUCUUUGAUUAUCCAUCGAGGAGGUUUCUUUUCUCCAUGGAAAACUCCAAAGCCUAUAACGGACCGAUGGGAGAAUCAAGGCAGUCCUCAAACGAGUUUAUCUGCUCCGGCCAUACCGCAGAACCUGCCCUUCCCACCCGCCCUUCACAGGAGUUCCUUUCCUGACUCAACAGAGGCCUUUGACCCAAGGAAGCCUGACCCAUAUGAGCUCUACGAGAAAUCUAGAGCCAUUUAUGAAAGUAGGCAACAAGUGCCACCAAGGACCAGUUUUCGAAUGGAUUCCUCUGGUCCGGAUUACAAGGAGCUGGAUGUUCACCUUCGCAGGAUGCAGUCUGGAUUUGGCUUCAGAAUCCUCGGGGGAGAUGAGCCUGGACAACCUAUUUUGAUUGGAGCCGUCAUUGCCAUGGGAUCAGCCGACAGAGACGGCCGCCUACACCCAGGAGACGAGCUCGUCUAUGUGGAUGGGAUUCCAGUGGCUGGCAAGACCCACCGCUAUGUCAUCGACCUUAUGCACCAUGCAGCCCGGAACGGGCAGGUCAACCUCACUGUGAGAAGAAAGGUGCUAUGUGGAGGGGAGCCCUGCCCGGAGAACGGGAGGAGUCCAGGCUCUGUGUCGACCCACCACAGCUCUCCUCGCAGCGACUACGCAACCUACACCAACACCCACACCAACAGCAGCGCCUCUCCCCCCGAAGGCUUCGCCUCCCACAGCCUGCAGACCAGUGACGUGGUCAUUCACCGCAAAGAGAACGAGGGCUUCGGCUUUGUCAUCAUCAGCUCCCUGAACAGACCAGAGUCCGGAUCCACCAUAACUGUGCCACAUAAAAUUGGACGCAUCAUUGAUGGGAGUCCCGCAGAUCGCUGUGCAAAACUAAAAGUGGGAGACCGGAUCUUAGCAGUGAAUGGCCAGUCUAUCAUCAACAUGCCUCACGCUGACAUCGUGAAGCUCAUCAAGGAUGCAGGUCUUAGUGUCACCCUUCGCAUCAUUCCUCAGGAGGAGCUCAACAGCCCAGCCUCGGCACCCAGCUCAGAGAAGCACAGCCCCCUGGCCCAGCAGCACAGCCCCCUGGCCCAACAGAGUCCCCUGGCCCAGCCCAGCCCGGCCGCCCCCAACAGUCCUGUCGCCCAGCCAGCUCCCCCUCAGCCACUUCAGCUGCAAGGACAUGAAAACAGUUACAGGUCAGAAGUAAAAGCAAGGCAAGAUGUGAAACCAGAUAUCCGACAGCCUCCGUUCACGGACUACAGGCAGCCCCCACUGGACUACCGGCAGCCCCCAGGAGGGGACUAUCUGCAAGCCCCGCCCUUGGACUACAGGCAGCCCUCCCCUGACACCAGGCAGUUCCCUCUGUCAGACUACAGGCAGCCCCAGGAUUUUGAUUAUUUCACUGUGGACAUGGAGAAAGGAGCCAAAGGAUUUGGAUUCAGUAUUCGUGGAGGAAGGGAGUACAAAAUGGAUUUGUACGUGUUGAGAUUGGCAGAAGAUGGGCCAGCAAUAAGAAAUGGAAGGAUGAGGGUAGGAGAUCAGAUCAUUGAAAUCAAUGGGGAGAGCACCAGAGACAUGACACACGCCAGAGCAAUAGAGCUCAUCAAAUCUGGAGGAAGAAGAGUCAGGCUACUGCUGAAGCGCGGGACGGGGCAGGUCCCAGAGUAUGACGAUUCCAGCUCCUGGAGUUCUCCCGCUGCCGCCUCCCCAGGUCUGCCGGAAGUAGGCGUCUCCCUCGAGGACAUCCUCUCUCCAUUCUCUCCAUCACAUCCAGCCCCACCAUCCGACCCUAACAACCAGAUAAGCCCAGACCCAACUUGGGAUAUCAAAAGGGAACACGACGUUAGGAAACCAAAGGAGCUUUCAGCCGGCAGCCAGAAGAAGCAGCGCCUCGGGGAGCAGAGCGAGCUUUCGGCAAGCCCGCAGAGGGCCGUGCAGCCGAGGCUCGCGGAGGUGCCUGGUGGCCAGGGGCAGCCUGAGGCCAGCAGGCCCUCCUCAGAGGCCAGGGCACCCGGGCCCACAGCAGUGGACGCAGUGCAGGCCAGCAGCAAGGAGGGGCUGCAUGCCACAGUGGGCCCCGAGCUUGGCCAGCGCGAAGGCCCUGGAGUGGCACCUGCGUUUGUGGGCCCAGGCCGCGGCAGGGGUGUGCGGGAGGCUGAGGGCAGGGCAGGCACACGUGCGGGGCCCAGGCCCCCGGGGGGAACCCCUGCGCGCAAGGCUGCUGUCGCGCCAGGGCCCUGGAAGGUGCCAGGCUCCGACAAGCUGCCGGGCAUCCUCAAACCCGGCACCUCGGCUGCAGGCAGAUGAGCCCACUGCCCCGC